AUGGAGCAGUCAUUCGACCUCCCCGAUUCCACCGACUGGCUGGGCACGCCACUUUCCCUACUAGCGCCUCUAGAGUCCUCACUCCGCUGUCAAGUGUGCAAGGACUUCUUCGACACACCAGUGAUCACGUCGUGCAGUCAUACAUUUUGCUCACUAUGUAUUCGCCGCUGCCUUAGCACUGAGGGCAAAUGCCCUACGUGUCGUUCGGGUGACCAGGAGCUCAAGCUUCGCCGCAACUGGCUUGUGCAGGAAAUCCUCGAGGCGUUCAAGAAUGCGAGGGAGAGCGCGCUCACACUUGCGAAGAAGGAGGCGGCGCGGAUCGCUGCUGGAGACAAUGGAGCUCCAGAAACUGUUCCGAAGAAGCGGAAGGUUAGCCAGGUGGACAAUACUGAGGCGACCGAUAUAGUCCAGGGCAGUCCGCAACGCGUCCGUACAAGGUCAAGGUCGCAAAUGGCCCAGGCGCAAGCGCAAACCGAUGGACAAGAUCGCAGCCGGCCCUCGUCGUUCCAAGAGGUGAUUGAAGACAGUCAGGACGAGGAUUUUAUUCCAGAUGACGGCAUGGUAGCUUGUCCCAUUUGUAAUCGCAGGAUGAAGAACGAGGCUGUCUUUGCGCAUCUUGAUAAGUGCACUGGUGACCCAGGACCAGCUACAAGACCAGCUAAAAAUCCAGUUCCGGCAAAGCAAUCGUCAUUCGGAUUACUACAAGUCCAAUCGCGCCAACCCCCAAUAUCCCCUUCGAAGCCACUCGACAGACUCCCUGCGAUGAACUACUCUCUCCUGAAAGAUAUUCAACUGCGCAAGAAAUUCCGAGACCUGGGUAUUCCUGACUGGGGCCCGCGGCAGCUCUUGCAGAGGCGUCACACUGAGUGGAUGAACUUAUGGAAUGCAAACUGCGAUUCCACGUUCCCCAAAACCAAGAAAGAUUUGCUGCGUGAGCUUGAUAUCUGGGAAAGGACACAAGGUGGAUUUGCACCCACUCAGUCAUCACUUAUGCCGACCAACACAGUGAUGGCCAAGGACUUUGACGCAGCUCAAUGGUCUGUAAACCAUGAGACUGACUUCAAGCGUUUGAUUGCAAAUGCUCGUAAGAAGAGUGAUGACCAGGUGAGAUCAACCAUUCCAGGCGCUGCGCAGAGCUCCGUGUCGAAUACCGCGGGGGUAGACAAUUCCGCUCAGCCAGCGAGCGGGGUUGAAAGGAGCGCUCCGAUCGAGAUCAAUUCAGACUCCCCAGCUCCAGGGGACAUUUCUCGGUGA